UGCUAUGUGGAUAUUUGUUAGCAAUGACUGAUGUGGAAUCUACAUAUGCAGACUUUAUUGCUUCAGGAAGAACAGGUAGAAGAAAUGCAUUACAUGACAUACUUGUGUCCUCUCCGGGCGGGAACUCCAGUGAACUAGCCUUAAAGUUAUCAGAGCUUGAUAUAAACAAAGCAGAAGGAGAAGGAGAUGCACAACGAAAUCCAAGUGAGCAAACCGGGGAGGCCCAAGGGGAGGCAGCAAAGCAAGAAAGCUGACAUUCGACUUUGACCGACUGCAGCAGCUGCUGGAUGUUUUCAGACUACAAGAGCAUGCUGGAACAAAUUUGUUUCCAUGAGCAAGCUGGUGGAAAAGAAAGCGCAUGUGUCUUCACUGCUGGAACCCACUCAACACAAUGCUAAAAAUGGGGGUACAAGCUGUGGCAGAAGACAGAAUUUUCUCUACCUCUGUCAUUAGCAAUGGUUGAACAUGUAUUGAUUUUUUGGGAUAGUGUCAUCAGAUGGAUCCCUUCAUAAUGACUACUUGAUGGGAACACUUUUAGAAAGUAGAACAGGUAAAUCUUGUAGCAAAUGGCCUUUGAAAAGUCAGAGGAUCUAAUUGUGUAUCUUAAGAAAAGGCUGGUGUGAUCCUCAGAGUUUAAAAUUCUCUGGCCAAAGUGUUCACCCAUUAAAAGAACUGUAAAGAAAGCACUGUUUUUAGAACUUUGCGUCUGUUUUACAGCUCUGUUAUUUACAAUGGUUUUUGUAUUGUACAACUUAGAUGCUCUACACUGCCCCUUCUCAACUGCUUAUGAGGAAUAUUUCUGUUACUGUGAAUUUUUCUACCACGCGUUUUGAAAGGGCUGGUUUUUUGCAUAAUGUGGUGAUGUGCACAUGAUAGAUUUAAAACGUCAACAGCUAAAUUGAUUAUGCCUAAACCUAAAUGACUCAGCAACACUCUAAUUUGUCACUAGAUGAGCCUUCAAAACGAUUUGUUAAUGUGAAUACUUCAGCGUGUUUUGUGUCCUUGGUACAGUUUUGCCACUUGCCUGUAGUUAGUUGCAUAUCAGAGACUCAAAUGGAAUCUUUUAUGUUAUUCUUCCCCAUUUUUCUAAUUUUACUCCCAAUUUCUUAAUCUUUCUCUGAGAUAUUUUUUUAAAAUGUUAGUCCAAGCAUUUUAUUGUUAUGGUAGUUUUAAGAAUACAUUUAUAACCUUAUAUGGGUUAAAAUUCAAACAAAUUCCGUGGUGCUAGAGAUUUUCCUGGUUCACAUUAUUAAAGAUGGGCCUUUGUUUACACACG